AUGGAGGAGAAGCUUGUGUGGUGUCGCUGUGGUUGUUUGUUGGCAGCUAAACGGCAGAAAAUGCAGCUAACCGUAAACACGUCUUUGUUCGCUAAUUACAAAUGUGCCACGAAACUUUUGUCCGUUGCGUUCGAGUCUGGAUUAAGAUUGACAGUAGCUUUUGCUGGCAGCAGCACAGAAACAACGGGCGGCUACGUCACGACUGUAAUUCUUCUACGGAUAUCCAAAUUACAGUUAAAGAUGGAUUCAUCAAGCAUUGAAAGUAAUAGCAUUGAAUGGAAUACCGAAGAUGAACUUGACGUGGAUAACAUAUCCUCUUCUAGUUCACAUCAAGAUCAAAUUGCAGAUUUUGCGCCGUCGAGUUCUUCUUGUAACUGUCGAGGCUCAAACACCAUUCAUCAGUUUUUGCAAAUGGGAUUUUCAAAGGAAAUGGUUAUCAAAGCAGUAAAGGAGAAUGGACAAAAUGAAGGAGCAGUGCUGGAUGCUCUUUUGGCAUAUAAGACCUUUGAGGAAUCACCAGAGGAUGAGCAUGUCCUUGAUGAUCCAUGCCAUGCUGAGCUAGCUAGCAAUGUCUUGGAUGUCUACCCUGACAAGGAAAUUUGUGAAAACGAGGAAUUCAAAAAUCUAUCAACUGAAAAGGACAGAACUGUGUCUCUUCUAGUUGAGAUGGGCUACCAAGCUGAGGAGGCUUUGGCUGCUAUUGAUAGAUGCAGUUUGUAUUCUAUGUUUUACUUGUUUGACUGUUUUAUGUCUAUUUAUAUUUUACCCCAGGAGCAAAACGUGGGGAUUUUAGACGAACGAAUUGUCCUUAAGAAUGGCACUUCUGAAUGA